CGGUACUCACAUUAAAAUUCUUAAACCAGCUGCAGGCAAUGCACACCUUUAUUAUAAUCGGAAAGGAUAUUACAGUGUUAAUGCAAUGAUAAUAUGUGACCAUAAGCAAAGAAUAAGGUAUGUGAACAGUAGGUAUGCAGGUGCAAGUCACGAUUCUUUUAUUUGGGAAAAUAGUGAUGCUUCCACCUACUUCCAAGCGCAGUAUGAAAAUGGAGACAGAAGCACAAGACUGCUAGGUGACUCUGGAUAUCCACUGUUACCCUGGCAUAUAACACCCUUUCGAAGUGCAGGCGUUGAUAGUCCAGAAAGCAGAUUUAAUAAAAGCCAUAGUAAAGGCCGUAAUAUUGUUGAACGGACCAUAGGCGUUUGGAAGAACUGGUGCCGAUUAGAGAUGGGCGCGGGACCAAAUAUUUAAUCCCGAUCCCGCCCAUCCCGAAAUUCAAUUUUUAAGUCCCGAACCCGCCCAUCCCGGUGGUUUUCAGAAUUGUACCGCGGGUCCCGUGGGUCCCGAUAUCUAUCUCUAAAGCAGGCUG